AUGCCCACAAAAUCAAAACAUGCGGCUUUUGAUAUACCGGAAGUAUCUUUGAACAAUUAUUUCCUGUCGCGUAUUAAGGAGUAUGGUAGCGAAGUUGCUUUGAUUGAUAGCGUCACCGAGGAAAAACAACUCACAUUCAAACAAGUUUACGAACAAAUACAAUCCUGUGGAAGAUAUUUUCAGGAGCAAAAUAUAGGCGAAGGCGAUGUUGUUGGCCUGGUUCUUCCGAAUUGUGUGGAAUAUAUAAUAGCAAUGAUGGGAGUGAUAUCUUGUGGGGCAGCUAUAUCCCCUUGCAAUCCAUUAUACAAAGAAGGGGAAAUGCAGCACAUCUUUAAAAUCACUGAGCCAAAAAUGCUAAUCGUAUCAGACGAAAGCAUCAAUAACGUGAAGCAAGUUCUCAAACAUUACUCAGAGAAUCAAGUUAAACAAAUCAUAGUCCUUGGGAAAAGUAACGAAUUCGAAACUUGGGAUGAAGUCAUGCUCUCAAAGAAUGAGAAUAUUGAAAACUUUGUGCCUCAUUGCAAAAUAUCACCCAGAAAAACUUUGGCCAUAUUACCAUAUUCGAGCGGAACAACGGGAUUGCCAAAAUGUGUCAUGCACAAUCAUUAUAGUACGAUUUCUACAAUGUUGUGUUUUUGUUUCACAAUACACGCAAUGCUUGUCUUAAUUUCAAGGCAUCAUUCACAAUACAAACGAGGAGAAACCUAUUACAACGAAAGACCGAUGUUUCACGGGGGUGGUUUCAUGUUCGUGUUGGCUGUUCUGCAAGGAGGGCUAAGUGUAGUCAUGGAUCAGGAGUUUGACGUUGAAAGAACAUUGUUCGCAAUACAGAAGUACAAAGUAAAUCACAUGUUCGUGGUGCCACCAAAUUUGCUGCAACUAUCACAGACAGAAUUGCACGACAAAUAUGAUAUAACAUCGUGGAAAACUUCGAUCACGGGAGGUGCAUCUAUUCCAACAACAGUAAUGAAAUCAGUCAUUGAUCGUUUCAACGUUAAAUUGAUCCCAGUUUACGCGAUGACGGAAUGCUGUCCUAUAUCUUGGAAAGAUAAUGAUGAUUCCGUGCUUGAUUCAGCUGGCUCAAUCUGUGUUAACUCUGAAUUUAUGAUAGUCGAUCCAAAUACAGGUAAAGAAUUAAAAUAUGGCCGGGAAGGCGAAAUUUGGACAAAAGGGCCACAAGUGACUGUUGGUUAUUAUAAAAAUACUGAAGCAACGGAGCAAACAAUUCCUAAGGAUGGAUAUCUUCGUACAGGCGAUAUUGGGGUUAUUAAGGAUAAAAAGCUUUACGUGAUUGGUCGACUGAAGGAAGUUAUCAAGUACAAAACUUUACAAGUAGCUCCUGCUGAAAUAGAAAAUGUGCUGUUGAGUCACCCCGAUGUUGAAGAUGCUGGGGUGGUUGGUGUCCCCGAUCCUACUUGUGGAGAGUUACCGAAAGCUUUUGUUGUGAGAAAAGUUGAAUCACUUACAGCGGAUGAACUUCAAACGCUAAUUAAAAAUGAACUUAUUGAUUACAAACAGUUGAGAGGAGGAAUAAAAUUUGUUAACAAAAUACCGAAAUCGAAACUUGGAAAAAUAAAUCGCUUGGAACUGAAGACAUGGGCGACAGAAAAAGAUAACUAACCAUUUGUUUUAUUGUCAAUUGCAUGUAUAGACUUAUUUCUCCAGCUUAAAUUUUUGCAUCGCACAUUAUUUUGAAUUUUAUUUGGAUGUAUAUAAAUUUUCAGACUGUCCAUACAUGCCGGUGCUUGAAAUUGAACAGAAAUGCUUUCAAAUUCGCAAAAUGAUGGGAAAAUGUCUAAAAUGCUAUGGUACAGCGAAAGUGUAUGCGUUGUGUGAAAGUUAAAUUGACCCCCAACAUUUUGUGUCAUAUUUUACCGAAUUUAGCUACAAUUUUGUUAAUUGAACUAUUACUAAUUUGAAUUUUAGCAU